UGUAUGAGCGUGUUAUGUAAAUGUGUCACCUCUGUGACGAUUCGUCAUCUGUGAACUUUUCUGACCUAACGUGAAUUUCAGGAGUAUUAAAACGCGCAUUAUACUCCUCCCACAGCAAUGAUGUAGUACGACUCAAACCGGCAAGAAGCUACGAAGCCAGAACAGGUUUUUCUCCAUGUCCUACUUAGCGAGGCGGUGUUCCUGAUAACCCACCAGAAGAUAAACCUCACAGCCACACUGGAUUGUCAAACGACGGACACUUGAAGCGUAACUAUUUGUUAACCAUAAAAACCGAGAUCUUAUAAAGGAUGAAUUCAAUAAGACAUGUGCCUUCGCGGGUUAAAAGCAAAAGGACGGAAACGAUUUUAGGAGCCGAGAGGGAGCAUUUCGAAAAACAGCAGCUAAGCAGUAUCAGUAAGGCCAUCAAUUCAACAGAGACGCCGCUGAAGGAGAAACAUGCACGCAGAAUUAUUUUGGGAACCCACAGAGAGAAGGGGGCCUAUACCUUCUGGUCAUAUGCCGUUGGUCUGCCCUUGCCAAGCAGCGCCAUCAUUAGCUGGAAGUUCUGCCAUGUAUUACACAAAAUCAUGCGUGAUGGUCACCGAAAUACUUUACAAGACUGCAUGAGACACUACAGCAGCAUUGCUGAGACAGGGUUAUUAUGGACUAAUACACGGGACAGACAUGGAUAUGGACAGCUGGUUUCUCUAUAUUCCAAACUCCUCUGCACCAAGAUGGAGUUUCACACUAAGCAUUCUGAAAUCCCAGCCAGUCUAGAAGUCACAGAUGAAGUCCUAGAGCGAACAGCGGGAACAGACAUCAAUAAUGUGUUCCAGCUCACAGUAGAAGUGUUUGAUUACAUGGAUGCAGAGCUUCGAUUAGCAGAAGCUGUGCUCCGCCAGCUCAAUAUGUCUAUUGCUAUCUCCACACUGACGUCAGGCCAGUGUAAACUAGCUCCACUCAUCCAGGUCAUCCAGGACAGCAGUCAGCUCUACCACUACACCGUCAAACUGCUCUUCAAACUGCACGCCUGUUUACCUGCAGACACACUUCAGGGACACCGUGAACGCUUUCAUGAGCAGUUUCAAAGCCUCAAAACAUUCCUCAAUAAAGCUCGAGACAUGCUAUACUUCAAGAGGCUGAUCCAGAUACCUAGACUACCUGACUCUCCACCCAACUUCCUUCGGGCCUCUGCGCUAGCGGAGCAUGUUAAACCCAUGGUUGUCAUCCCAGAUGAAGAAGAGCUUGAGGAGCAGGAAGAGGAUGAACCUGAGUCUCUGAUAGAUGUUAGUGAGGUGCAGCCUAUCAUGGCCUCUCAGCCACAGAGUGACAUAUUUGAUCAAGCAUUUGGACCACCCAGUGAUGGAUUUGAUGAUAGAGACCUUCAAAUCGAACAUCUGAAACGAGAAAUUGAACUUCUGAAAGCUGAGCUUGAAAAGAUAAAAGGAGAGGCUCAACGCUAUAUCACACAGCUCAGGUCUCAGAUCAACAGUCUUGAGACAGAACUGGAGGAGCAGCGUGCGCAGAAGCAGCGCACCCUGGUGGAGAAUGAGCAACUACGCAUGGAGUUAGAGGCCCUCCGUCGCCGCAACACUGAACAUGAGAGCAUCCAGACCAACUUUGUUGAGGCAGAAAAAAGAUCCCAAGCAACAGAGUUGCGUUAUAAUAAACUGAAGGAAAAGCAUGCUGAACUAGUUGCCAACCAUGCUGAACUCCUCCGAAAGAGUGCAGACACAGUAAAGAUGCUAUCAGUCACACAACAGACUCAAGAGGAAAUUGAACGAACUAAGCAACAGUUAGCCUUUGAGGUAGAAAGAGUCAGACAAGAGUCAGACAUGAAGUUUGAAGAGCAGAGGUUUGAUAUGGAUAAACUGAGGAGGGAGCUUGAAGAGAAAAAUGCAGAAAUCCAGAAAGUCAAGAGUUUAUUACAGACCUCUGAGAAGGCAGGAGAGCAGCUGAACAGCUCUGUGGCUGCACUUAAGGCAGAAAAGGAUAAGCUAACACAGUUUAUAAGUAAGAAAGAUGUCGAUCUCUCCUCCCUGAUGAAGGAAGCUCAGCUGAAAGAGUAUUCUUUACAGCAGGAACGUGACCGAACCAUCAAGGAGCUGGGAGAAUUACAAGGCAAACUCAGAGAGAAGUUAACUCACGAAGAGCAGCUGCAGCAGAAGUUGCUGGAUGAGCAGUUUGCACUGCUGCAGGCAACAGUCACUGAGGCUGAGAACAUCAUUCAGGAUGCUGUUGCUACACUAGAUGACCCCCUGCACAUCAGCUCCUCCAGCUCCCCAGAUUACCUUAUUAGCCGAGCAGAGGCUACGCUCAACUCCAUUGAUAAGCUGCAAGUGGGCCACUCUGAGUAUGUGAAGAAAAUGAGGGAUGCUGGGAGUCUCGUUAGGGCUCUUACUAAGUUUUCACAUCUUACUGCUGACACAAUAAUCAGUGGAAGUGCGACGGCACACAUGGCUCAUACUGACGACGCUGACCGUUUGACGGAGCACUGUAAAACUUGUGCCACCCAGAGCCUGCAGUAUCUUAGGAAUCUUAAAUCAAAAGCAUCUCUAAAGGGGGCUGAUCCUACCUCGAUUCAAGCAGCAGUGCAGAAGAUUCUUAGAAUAGGACAGGAUCUGAGGCCAAAAGGGUUAGAUGUUGGUAAGGAUGAGCUGGGUGACGUGGUGGAUAAAGAAAUGGCUGCUACCUCUGCUGCUAUUGAGGAGGCUGUCAGGAGAAUUGAUGAAAUGAUGAAUCAGACCAGGAAGGACACAACAGGAGUGAAACUGGAGGUCAAUGAGAGAAUCCUAAAUAGCUGCACUGACCUUAUGAAGGCCAUUCGUCUUUUGGUGUUGGCAUCCACAGACCUGCAGAAGGAGAUUGUGGAGAGUGGAAGGGGUGCAGCUUCAGUGAGAGAGUUUUAUGCUCGUAACUCUCGCUGGACAGAGGGUCUUAUUUCUGCAUCCAAAGCUGUAGGAUGGGGUGCGACACAGAUGGUUGAUUCUGCUGAUAAAGUGGUGUUGCACACUGGGAAGUAUGAGGAGUUGAUCGUCUGCUCUCACGAGAUUGCUGCUAGCACUGCACAGCUUGUUGCAGCCUCUAAGGUGAAAGCUGACCGUGGCAGUAAGAAGCUUGGCGUUCUUCAGCAUGCCUCGCGCCAUGUUAAUGAGAUGGCUGCUAACGUGGUGGCUUCCACCAAGACCGGGCAGGGCCAGAUCGAGGAUAAGGGCACCAUGGACUUCUCUGGCAUGUCUCUAAUUAAGCUCCGAAAAGAAGAAAUGGAGUCACAGGUGAAGGUUCUAGAGCUUGAAUCCAUGUUGGAAAAUGAACGUUUGCAUUUGGGUGAACUCCGGAAGAAACACUAUGAUAUAGCAGGUGUCCCUCUAGAGGAGAUGGACAAUGGCAUGGGAGCCUCUUCACUUGUGACUGCUGCGCCGCCCUCUCCUAAACCCUCUAAGCCCACUCUAAUGAAGAAACCAGCUCUUGCACAAAAACCCAACAUCCCACCCAAAAGCACGUUGAGGUGAGCCCAUCUGGAUGAAGAUUUAUGAAGACUUGUUGAAUCUCAAAACAUCAUUAACCCUUGUUAAUAUAUAUUUUUUUUGUUAUCUUUUUUUUUUUCCACUUUCUGUGUCUGGUCACUCAAAUGUUUUUCCUUAUCUUCUAUGUAAGACCUUUGCCUUUUUUCUAUUUGAGAGUGCCUUAGAGGCUACAAAAUUUUAAAAUUGUAUCUUAGAUGUAGAGCUAUAGUACUGGGUGUCCAUAAUUUAAGUACAAUUUCAAAUAAUUUCAUUUUUAAAUUACAGAUAUUUUGCUUUAAUUACAUUACACAUAGUACGUUAUACGGCAUAAAAUAAAUAACGUUAGGCUUAAGGAACACCUACAUUUUUGCAAAACUCCAAAAACGUACUGUAUCUACAGAAAAGUAAAACCAGUUUUAUUUAUUUUUACACAAAUUAUGAUUACGGGGCAGAUCAUUGAUCAGUAAAAUCUAAUUUGUGCGGUUCCUUGCACAAUACUGUUAUUACCUAAAAAUAAAAAAAAAUUAAAUUAAUUAAAAUAGUACCAUAGUUAAUAAUUAUGAACCUUGGUGAACAUUAUUGUAAUGGAUUUUUCCUGUUCAUUCACAAACAUUAUUUUGUGUGUGAUUCUUAGAAAAUGUAAUUAAAAUAUAUUAAAAAGGUACUCCGUUUUAUGAUAAACAAAAGGGUAUUACCAUGGUGGAAAAUAUUUGCAAUGUUGUGCAUAUCUAUCAAGUACUGUAUAAGCAGAAUCUGUUUAAUUGGGAUUUUUUUUUUCUUCUUUAAAUUAGGAUCUUACAAAAAUGUAUUUUGCUUUUUUAGUCUCUCUGUCUUAAAACGUGUCAGUGUCUUUAUGCAACAACUAUAUAUUAAUAAUAACAUAUUUUAGUCAUGUUUGACUCUCCCUUGUGAUCAAUAUUAAAACAAUCAAUAAAUAUUUGAAAAGAAAUUUUUUUGAAAUGGAUGUAGUUAAAUUAAAAAAUGUUUUAUAAUUUAUGUACUAUAAUUUAUAUUUUAUGAUUCAUCAGUAAUGUUUUGUCUGAAGAGGCAGGGGAAGCGGUGCCAGGGCUGGAACUAGCUUGCUUUGUGCAGUAAAAAUAUUUGAAAAUGUCCCCACAAUGACCUGAAAUCAGCUACUGUACCAUACUGUAAAUCAGCCAGUGGUCUCCAUAAUAAUUUAAAACUUUACACAUACUAAAUAAUUUCUAAACAAGAAACAUGUACAAAUACAGAAAGGUUUUUGUCAAGGGUAUGUAAUUGAAAAUGUGUAAUGGGUCUAGGAGAUGGAAAAAUGUAUUUGCCCUGCUAUGAAAGCAUCGAAGAUCUGUGUACAUAGCCAAUCAAAAUCUUAAAUAAUGAUAGGGGAAUAUUUGAAAUAUUAGUGAAAUUUUAGAAUUCCCCAUACUGUAAAGUUAUCAUGGAAUUAUUGAAGACAAGUGAACAGUCUGUAAAUAAAAUAAGAAAAGUGUGUGCAGCCAGACUGAAGGGAGAAUGAGCUGAAUAAAUAAACCUGCUGCCUGCCCUGCUAUCUGCUACCAGUUAAAUAAAAGAUAAAAGUAAUGAAAUUGCAUUCGGAGAUAGCAAUAUAUCUUAUCUUUAUGUUCUAGCUCUCCAUGUUUGCCCUUUAAGAAUAGUUUUUCUGGUUCGAACAAGAAGGGGGUGUGCAUAAAAUUCCAUAACAUAUUCUUUCACAUCAAAAUCAUCAGCCAUUGUUACUUUUAAGCUGUGAUUUUUGGACGCUAGUCCUUCUGAUGAAGAUCUGUGCACAAGUCUUCACUCUCCAUUUGUAAAGAAACUGUUAGCUUAUGCUGGCCAGUGUUGCCAGAUUGGAUGGACAAUUUCCAGCCCAAAAGCUCAACAGAGCCUGCCCACUGAAAAAAAUAAAAAUAAAUAAAUAUAUAUAUAUAUAAUGUGAAAUAAUAUUAUUGCCAUGCCAUUCAAAGUUGAUAAGGAUAAUUUUUACGUUAAAUUAAAACACAGUGAUACUAGGAAAAUGGUUCAUAUCAGGGCAAAUAUAUGAAAGAGAAUUACCAAAUAUGACUGAAAUAUGCAGGCACAUACUGUCAAAACUUGCACAUAUUGGCAAGUUGGAUGUAAGUGGUCAAAAAAAGGAACGCAAUUGGCAGGUUUUUCACACUUGUUUGUGUAUGAUAUCCAACAAUUAAACAUUAACAACAAUAAAGCAUUUACCUUCAUGUCACACUUUAACUUAA